GGCACCGAACUAAGGGGGGAGAGUCCCGGAUGUUGGCUCGGCUGCCGAGAGAAAGGCGAACGGGAGAAGGCGGAGAAGCCGAGGAGAGGGACGGCGCGGCACUGUAGGCACACCGGGCGAAGAUCUCUGCACAGAGGACAACAACUGUCAGGAGCUCUGGGCUCUCCUGAGCUGGCGGGGAAGGACACUCUGUGUUGGACAAGAGGUGGUGGACGGAGCGGGGAGACAGCUGCUGUUAAACUACCGUGAGGAUUACCAGAGAGAGCCGCCGUCUCUGCUGCUUUCAUCCUGAGGACGCACAGAAGACGCAAUGCUGACGUCCUGAGCUAUCCUCAUUUCAUCUCUCUUCCUUGUCAGUUCCAAUACUUGGACUGUUUUCACCAACGUUAACCACUUCCUCCGGCUUUUUUUUUUUCUUUUCUUUUUUUUUUAAAUUUUACCCCCGUUCCCUCCUGCCCGGCCUGCCGUCACCAUGACGUCGGAGCUGGAGAGCAGCCUGACCUCCAUGGACUGGCUCCCUCAGCUGACCAUGCAGGCGGCCAUCCGCAAGACAGACGCCCAGAAUGCCCACGGGCCCGGGAUGGGCAAGAAGAGCACCUUACUGGAUCACACCACCACGCUGGAUCAGGAGGAGGUGCAGCAGCACAAGGACGGCAAGCCUCCGUACAGCUACGCCAGCCUCAUCACGUUCGCCAUCAACAGCUCGCCAAAGAAGAAGAUGACGCUGAGCGAGAUCUACCAGUGGAUCUGUGAUAACUUCCCCUACUACAGGGAGGCAGGCAGCGGCUGGAAGAACUCAAUACGGCACAAUCUGUCGCUAAACAAAUGUUUUCUCAAAGUGCCUCGCUCCAAAGAUGACCCUGGAAAGGGCUCCUACUGGGCCAUUGACACCAACCCGAAGGAGGACGCUUUGCCAACUCGGCCAAAGAAGAGGCCACGGUCAGGAGAGCGGGCUUCCACACCAUACAGCCUGGAUUCAGAGUCUUUGGGGAUGGACUGUAUGAUCUCUGGAAGUGCCUCUCCAACGCUGGCAAUCAACACUGUGACUAACAAGGUGGCGUUGUACAACACAGACCAGGAAGGAAGCGAUAGUCCGAGAAGCAGCCUUAACAACAGCCUGUCUGAUCAGAGUCUAGCCUCUGUCAAUCUCAACAGUGUGGGCAGCGUUCACAGCUACACACCGGUGACCACUCAUCCGGAGCCCGUGUCCCAGUCGAUGAGCCUGCAGCAGCCCCCCCAGUCCCAGUACAGUAUGCCAGACAGGGAAAAGCAGCUCCCGUUCUCAGACUUCGAAGAUCUCAGUGCCUCCUUCCGCAGCCUUUACAAGUCUGUCUUUGAGCAGUCCUUCAGCCAACAAGGUCUGAUGGGCAUACCGUCGGAUAACUCCCAGCAGACCCACACCUCCUGCUCCUAUCAGCACUCCCCCAGUGGCACCAUCAACACUCAGAACAGCCUGUCAAACAACCAGCCCAACAACCACCACAACAACAGCGGCCAGGUUCCCCUGUCCCACCCGGCCCAGGCCCAUCCCGGCCACGGCUCGCCCCACGCCCAGCACCUCUCGCAGCACAACCAACACGGCCAGCACCCGCAGCACGCCGCACACUCCCAGCACGGCCAGCACCCGACCCACGGCCAGCACCCGCAGCAGCAGCAGCAGCACACGGCGCACCCGGCCCAGCACACGCAGCACAACCAGCACCCCUCCCAACACGGACAGCAGCACCAGAGCCUCUCCCACCCGCAACAGAUGGCCUGCAACACAGGUUUACGGUCUGAGUGGUACCCCAAUCUGGAUGCCCUGAAAGAAAGCUGUCGUAUUGCCAGCAGCUACAACUGGGCUGAUGUCGACCUUUCUCCUUUCCAAGGUUUAAGAGAAAGCAUGAGACAGGCUGAGCUGAACAAUUGGUGCCUUGAACCCACCCAGAUCGCGGACCUCUGCUCGUCCAUCAACCAGUUCUUUGCUCGCACCGGCGUCAUUCAGCAGCAGGGGGCAGUACAGAGUCCUGUGUGUCACGGCGCCAUGCACACCAACAAACCCGGCCAGCACCUCAACACAGGAAACCUCUACAUGGACACAAGACAGAGUAUGCCCCCGAUGAUGGGUCCCCCCGGAUACCCCCACAUGCCCCCCAUGAGCAACACGGGGCCCACAAUGACAGGACACCAUGCACAGAUGAACCAGCAGCACAUGAUCCCUUCCAGGACCUUCCAGAUGCAUCGCAUGCAAGCCGACGACAUCCAGGACGACUUCGACUGGGACUCCAUCGUCUAGCCGCUCCACUUCCCCGUCAAAGCAAGUCCAAGCCGAUGGAGGAGGAGGGGAGGGGGGGGCGAAGCCCGGAGGAGGCCAGGCUGAGCCGACGAGGCCGCAGGUUGUGUGAUGCAGAGGAACGUUUGACACGGCGAAAAGCCCCGCAGACUUCAGAGUCCUGACACGGCGAACCACAACCAGAAAACGUUGUUACUUUGAAGACAAUCAUGUUCAGCCAGACCUGCUCUCGUCUGGAGACGAGUGGAGCUCAUUGACAGUGACCCUCCUCAGCCAGCCCCCUCCUCUUACCCAGACCAUCCUCUUCCUGCCACACCCCCCCCACCCGACCCCUGACCCCUCUGCUCCUUAACUGUCAUGUGAUUUGAGCGACGUGUUCAGCUUGUAAUUCUUCUCGUGUCGACAUAGGCCUCAGCUGCCUCUAAGAUGAAGUUCUCUCUCUCCAACUUUCUCUCCCCUCUGUUUAUUUUUUUGUGUUUAUGAUAUUUUUGUCUCUUUGUUUUUAUUUUUAUUUUUUAUUUUUAAGAAAACACAGGCCGUCUGUCUCUGUGAGUAACGUGAUGGUGCUCGUUGGUCGCUUCUGGGGGAAAACAGGUUUACAGAUGUUUAAAAUCUGAACAGGGUGUUUUUUUGUUUGUUUGUUUUUAUCCCCACUGGUUUGAUUUUAUUUUGUUUGUUUUUUUUAAACCGGGAGUCGAGCCGGAGAGGGAUCCCACAGGGCGCUGUGAUCGGCUCUCUGUGUGCCAUGGGAGAACAGAGACUCAUCGUUCGCUCUUAAACACUUAAAGAUGAAUGAAUUGUGACAUUGAGGAGAUGAAAUCAGGAGUGAGAAAACAGACCUUUGAAUUUAAUCUGCGUCUUGUGAAGUUUAGAGUUGUUUAGAUUGGUGACCUUUAGAAAUUCAACCAAACUCAAACUGUUUCAGUCUCUAUUGUUCACUAAAUAAGAUGCUGCCGCUCAAAAACAAUAAGAUUAGCAUCACGAUACAUCUGAGUUGAGUUUUGUUUGGAUGAAGAUUCAAGGAUUUUUUUACUGUCAUACCACUUCUGCUCAUUUGUGGCACGAAAUUUGGACUCGGGUCCCAGAUUAAGACACUUAAUACACGAUGAAUAAUAAAUGGUCUGAACCUCAUUAACAUCUCAGUUAUUCAGCCACAGAAACGUCUGAAACUCCACCUCAGAUCCCAAAUAAUAAAUAUA